ACAAAAAUCCCUUUUGUGAAAAGUAAUGGAGAUUGCUUACUACUUAGUCUCAUUUUUAUUUGCAUUUACUUUAGUAGUAAUAUAUGCAUGGAGGUUGUUGAAUUGGGCAUGGUUUAGGCCAAAGAAACUGGAAAGAUGCCUCAGAAAACAAGGUCUCAAAGGAAACUCUUACAAACUAAUUUCUGGAGACCUCAAAGAGUCGUCCAAAAGCAUUGAAGAUGCUAAGUCCAAGCCAUUGAAUGUGUCUGAUGAUGACAUAUCACCCAGAAUUCUCCCUUAUAUCGUUGAAACAAUCAAGAAACACGGUAAAAACUGUUUUAUGUGGGUUGGGCCGAAGCCUAUGAUACUUGUAAAGGACCCUGAGGUAAUAAAGGACGUGUUUAUCAAACAUGCUCCCUAUCAUAAGCCAAAUUCAACUCCCCUGACCAAGUUGUUGGUACAAGGAGUUGCAACUUACGAAGAGGAUAAAUGGGCAAAGCACAGAAAAAUCCUCAAUCCGGCUUUCCAUAUGGAGAAGAUAAAGCAUAUGCUUCCAGCAUUUCAUAUGAGCUGCAGUGAGAUGGUGAACCAAUGGGAGGAGGCUGUCUCAGUGAAGGGAACAUCUUGCGAACUCGAUAUAUGGCCUUACCUUCAAAGAUUUAGUAGUGAUGCGAUUUCGCGCACAGCCUUUGGAAGCAAUUAUGAAGAAGGGCGAAAGAUAUUUGAGCUUCAAAAGGAACAAGCUGAGCAUGUCAUUGAAGUGUCUCGUACGUUAUAUAUUCCAGGAUGGAGGUAAUAAAAAGUUAUUUUUCCCGAGUUUAAGUUAUGUAUUACGAAAUUCGUCGCUAAUCUGUUGUUAAAUGGUCCCUAGCUAACAUAUUCUUUUUUAAUAAUGAUGUCUAAUCCAUCAUUUAAUAGGAUUAGUAAUGAUCUUUUGCUAUUUAGGACAGAAGUUUUCCUUUAAUAACAAGUUUGAUAAGCUAUGCUAUUUUGUGUUUUGAUGAUUUGACAAACCUACUCGAGGAACUAGGUAUGUCUUCAGAGGGACCAUAUAUGUUUACAGAGGGAAUGAAUGAGGGACCAGAUGCGAUCAGGUUCCCUAGCCGUUGCUCGGUCAACUCUACAUCUGUAAAACGGCUGACACUGUACCGACUGGACAGUGCAGUAGCAUAGCUGUAGUGUGCUAGUGGACAAUGCAAUGUCCCUUUCAUCUCAACACUUGAUCCUCAUAUAUAAACAAUAUUAUAC